CAGCCCUAUUUGUAUCCCUUUUUUGUUCAAAGUUCUAUUUUUUUUUUUCCGCAAGUGUCAAAAGACAAGGACAAUAAAAGCAAUGUCAGCUGCUACCACUACCUAUGUCGACGCUUUUUUGACGAAAAAACCAAAAGACAGCAUUCAUAUUGUAAGGGAAAGAUUGACGAAUGCAGCCACUUUAACCAACGAACUAGCCGAUUAUUUCAAAGAGAGAGCACAAAUUGAAGAAACCUAUGCGAAAAGUCUGUCAGAUGCUUCUAAAAAAUUGUAUACAAAGGAUUUAGGCAUUUUAGGACACUUUGCACCUGUUUGGGAAUGUUUAUUGAAAGAGUUUAAUCAGAUUGCUACAUAUCAUUCAGAUAUGGCUUUUCAAAUCAUGGAACAAGUCGAAAAACCGUUACGAAAAGGCGCGACUUCAGAAGAGCAUCAACGACUACAACAGUUAGAAAACUCUAUUUUAGCAAAAGACGGCAAAAAGACAGUCAAAGGCACUCUUUUCAAGAAAUCGAAAAGUAGCUAUUCACUUUGGCAAAAUGAAGGUGCCGAUUAUCUACAGCUGCAUCAAAAAGUAGAUGAAUCAAGAUUGAAUCGCAUGAAAACAGUAGUGGAAAGGUUUGAGCAGAUUCAAUCAGGGCAAUUGAUGGAAAGAGUCAAAAUGUCCAAGGUGACAUUGACUCAAGCAGAGGCAUUCAACGCACAGCACGAUAUCAGUGAUUUUUGCACGCAAAGAGCAAAGGCUUUGUCGUCCUCAUCGUCACCCACUUUGGAUACAUCCUCCACGCCUUCAAAGACGAGCAAGCGAUUCUCCACCAUCAGCCAUUCGUUUGAUCCGCAUCGUUCCACAAACAAAUUUAAAUCUGUAUUUAUGAAGAAAAAGAAGCAUUCAGAUAUGCUUUCCGACCCGGACGACCAUUCCUCCUCCCACACAGGUUAUUCGGCUGUUACAGAGGAAGAGCUUUCAACGCCUUUGGAUGCUACACUACUUAUUUCACCGCCCUCCACGAGUCCCUCCAUCGUGGAUCAUUUCUCAACCACCACGAAUACAGCACAGCAUGUGCCUCUAUCUCGUCCUCCUACAACGACGACAACGAGUGGCAUGAAUACUGUCCCCCUCGUUGACUCGGAUGGUUAUGCUAUUCCGUCCAAUCCACAUCAUGCGACUCAGAUAGCAUCCGAUGUUUCCUCUCGCAAUACAUUGGAUGAUGUAGAAUCGUUUCAAAGUUUAAAGCUCAACCAAAAAUUACAGAUAAAUAUCAAGGAGGAUGCUGUUAAGGAGGAUACAAACAUAGCGAAUGAAUCCUACACGAAAAUGGCAACUAUGCUGCGAGAGAGAGCACCCACACUGAAUAGAAGAGCCAGAGGAAGAAGAGAAAAAGAAUUCUUUUUUGUUAGCACUCUCACUCGGUCGCAAACAGAUACCACCUUAACCAACAACCCAUCCGCUCAUUCAGCGGACAGUAGCCCUCGUGUCGUAUCGAUGAUGGCCGUUUCGUCCCAUUCCGGAAACAGUACCAACCCAUUCCUGAAAGGGCCCAGUUUCAGCGCCAUUUAUGCUCGAUCCGACACCGCCAUGCCACGUUCUUCCUCUAUGGUUCACGCUACUCACAUGUCGCCUGAGCCGCCGUCGCCCUCUUCUUCUUCCUGCAACAGUAGAGCAACCACCUCAUGGCCACCACUUCAGUCCAUCCCGGAAGUGACGACGGCUGACCCGUCCACAGCUGUUUCCUCGCCAUUCCCUCCCUUGGGACAAGCUGCUGCUGCUGCUGCUGCUACUGCUGCUGCUGCUGCUUCUUCUUCUUCUCAGUCAACUUACAUCACUGCCUCCAUCACUGAAACGACCCACACGACAGAUCCAUCCCUGCUACACGUCACAGGUCGCAUUCAAAUUUACUUGGAACGGAUGCACGCAACAGCGCCUGCAGAGGUGCCACUUCGAUUAAAGCACACGAACGGUAUUCGACACCUCGAACCCAAUACAGAGUAUCUCCGUGUGGUGAGCGAGGACGAGGAGGGCGAGGUCUACAUGCUUCAAACGGACAAGAUAGACCACAGCCAGGCCAUCCCCCUGUUCACCUACGAUAUGAUGCUCGAUGCAACGCGUGCGUUGCCGAUUCGACUCUCACCGUCAUGGAAAUGUGUGGAAGGCACGUCGUAUCUCAUUCUCAAAUAUCAACCACGGCCAAGCGCGUUCGACAGUCAUGGCGAUAUCACAGGCCAUGUGUCUGUGGACAUGUCCCAAGAGCGUGUGCAGCAUGUGCAAAGUACACCUCAGGGUAGGUGGGAUCAGCAGAAGCGUCGUUUGACAUGGAAGUUGAGCGAUGUGUUGGCUCACUAUGCAGCACAAGGCACAGAAGAAGCAAGACCACCCAGAUUGCUGGCCAAGUUCUAUGUGGAAGGUCAGAGCUCGCCAGCACCCAUUUAUUUGAACUAUCGCAUCCAAAAUACAUUGCUUUCCGGUAUCCAGCUUGUAUGUGAAGAUGGGACGAUCCAAAAGACAGAAAAAAUAGUGCAAUCAAAGCAAGAUGCUGUUUAUUCAUGAUAAAGUAAACCUGCAAAAUAAUCAAGAUGGAACCUCUCUCUCUUUACCUUACCUACCUACUUACAUACAUACUCAUGCACAUGCACAUAGACACAUACAUGCAACGACAUAAGAAACCCCCUCCCCACACACAUACACACACACAUACACACACACACACACAAUUCAUGUAGUACCAAAACAAGAAACCGACAUUUGUCACGGUUCAAAUAUAAACUUGCAU